CGCAGGAAGCCGUCUAGGUCGCAGGGAUACAAUUUGAGGGGUCAGCUAGACCACACUGCGGAUACACGCUGCAGACGAGACAACGACGCAAGCCUUGGGAAGGAAAUAGAGAACAAAAGGGGAUGCACUCCCAAGACACCAAGCCGGCAGGCACAAGCGGUCGGGAAAAGAGGGAGCCCAUGCCAAGGCGAAACGAAGACAACGUCCACUAUUUUGCCUUUCCACGCCAUUCGGCACCCAUUGCAGGCUGCAAUGAUGCCAUUCGCAGCCCAUUCUCCUGCCCAGAAUUCCGUCCCGAUCUUCCGGUGUUGCUUUUGCGGUUUGGCCUUGAAAUCGAUAGCCUCUCCGCUCUUGUUCAUAUGCAACCUGCAGUCUCACCGAAGCAGACGGGCAAGGUCCCCCUAUCUGGCGCGAGCUGAUGGACCACCCAAAUCACUAUGUCAAGCCACGGGGCAGGCAGGGGAAGGUGUAUGCUCGCUAUCUAUCAAAUAUCAACUCGUCAAUGUUGCACGGCACGGAGACCAUGGACCAUCUAGUAAGGUCGAAAACAUGGCAUACUCCCGCUGA